AUGACCAACUACCUAUCAACCAAGUUAAGAACCUUUCUCGGUGAACCUAUGGGAGAGAAAUGCAUUUCCUUUGUGGAUGGAGUCGAUAAGGACCUCACAAUCAGAUUAAUAGAACGUGGUUAUGAUAAGGCCUACGUCCUGUUGGGUCAGUUCCUCCUCAUGCACAAGAAAGAAGAUGACUUCCAGUUGUGGCUCAUGCUGGCAUGUGGUGCCACUCACCGCGAAGCCCACAGGAUCUCCAUAUGCCUGCGCGAGUGGUGUAGUACCUUCCUCUAA